AUGCCCGUUCGCAGGGGUCAUGUGGCACCGCAAAACACCUUCCUGGGCACCAUCAUCCGGAAAUUCGAGGGGCAGAAUAAAAAAUUCAUCAUUGCUAAUGCUAGAGUGCAGAACUGUGCUAUCAUCUACUGCAAUGACGGCUUCUGCGAGAUGACCGGGUUCUCCAGGCCAGAUGUCAUGCAGAAACCAUGCACCUGUGACUUUCUUCAUGGACCAGAGACCAAAAGGCACCACAUCGCCCAAAUUGCCCAGGCACUGCUUGGGUCAGAGGAGAGGAAAGUGGAAGUGACCUAUUAUCAUAAAAAUGGGUCUACCUUCAUUUGCAGCACCCACAUCAUCCCAGUGAAAAACCAAGAGGGAGUGGCCAUGAUGUUCAUUAUCAGCUUUGAAUACAUCACGGACGAGGAGAAUGUGGAGUCUCCAGAGAAAUUCAACCAGAUCCUCUCAGCCAGAGUUGCGGACCGAAAACUUUUUGGCUUCAGGAUGCCUCGGUUGAGUCUUCUGCCAUACAGAAAGCAGUCUCUGCCACAGGAAGAUCCUGAUGCCGUGAUCGUUGACUCAUCGAAACGCAGCGACGACUCCGUGGCUCUGAAGCACUUCAAGUCCCCAACAAAAGAGAGCUGCAGCCCCUCCGAAGCAGAUGACACCAAGGCACUGAUCCAGCCAAGCACAUGUUCCCCUCCGGUGAAUUUAUCAGGGCCCCUGGACCAUUCGUCACCGAAGCGACAGUGGGACCGGCUGUACCCGGACAUGCUGCAUUCCAGCACGGCCCUAACCCAUGCUCCGUCAAAGGAAAGCAUUUGCAGCAUUCGGAGAGCAUCUUCCGUGCACAACAUUGAAGGAUUUAACAUUCACCCCAAGAAUGUGUUUAGGGACCGGCAUGCUAGUGAAGGUCCUUUUAACCAUAUCAAGUCAAGUCUCCUAGGAUCUACGUCAGAUUCAAACCUCAACAAAUACAGCACCAUCAACAAGAUUCCCCAGCUUACACUGAACUUUUCUGACAUCAAACCUGAAAAAAAAGGUUCAUCACCUCCAUCGUCAGAAAAAACAAUUAUCGCACCCAAAGUGAAAGACAGAACCCACAAUGUAACUGAGAAGGUGACGCAGGUCCUGUCCUUGGGAGCAGAUGUACUGCCGGAAUACAAGCUCCAAACACCUCGCAUCAACAAGUUUACUAUAUUGCACUACAGUCCUUUCAAGGCAGUCUGGGACUGGCUGAUUUUGUUACUUGUGAUCUACACUGCCAUCUUCACCCCAUACUCUGCAGCCUUCCUUCUGAAUGACAGCGAAGAACAGAAGAGACGGGUGUGUGGCUAUUCCUGCAACCCACUGAACAUGGUGGACUUGAUUGUGGAUAUUAUGUUUAUCAUUGACAUUCUCAUAAACUUCCGAACAACCUAUGUAAACAAGAAUGAAGAAGUGGUAAGUGACCCAGCAAAAAUAGCCAUUCACUACUUCAAAGGCUGGUUCCUAAUUGACAUGGUUGCGGCAAUACCUUUUGACCUCCUGAUUUUUGGAUCUGGCUCUGAUGAGACCACAACUCUGAUUGGCCUUCUGAAGACAGCACGGCUAUUGCGUUUGGUGAGGGUUGCCCGGAAACUGGACAGAUACUCGGAAUAUGGUGCUGCUGUUCUGAUGUUACUCAUGUGCAUCUUUGCCCUCAUUGCACACUGGCUGGCCUGCAUUUGGUACGCCAUUGGGAAUGUGGAGAGGCACUACCUGGCUCCUAAAAUCGGCUGGCUGGAUUCCCUGGGAGAGCAGCUGGGGAAACAUUACAAUCAGAGUGACGGCAGCUCUGGACCCUCCAUCAAGGACAAAUACGUCACCGCACUUUAUUUUACCUUCAGCAGCCUGACCAGUGUCGGAUUUGGAAAUGUGUCUCCUAAUACCAACUCAGAGAAAAUCUUUUCUAUUUGUGUCAUGUUGAUUGGAUCAUUAAUGUAUGCAAGCAUUUUUGGAAAUGUAUCUGCAAUAAUCCAAAGACUGUAUUCAGGGACUGCACGGUAUCACAUGCAGAUGCUGCGUGUAAAAGAGUUUAUACGCUUUCAUCAAAUCCCAAACCCUCUGAGGCAGCGACUUGAAGAGUAUUUCCAGCAUGCAUGGACAUACACAAAUGGCAUUGACAUGAACAUGGUCCUAAAGGGGUUUCCAGAGUGCUUACAAGCUGAUAUCUGUCUCCACCUCAACCAAAGUUUACUUCAAAACUGCAAAGCUUUCCGGGGGGCCAGUAAAGGUUGUCUUCGGGCUUUGGCUAUGAAGUUUAAGACAACACACGCACCUCCAGGAGACACCCUCGUCCAUUCUGGUGAUGUUCUGACUGCACUUUACUUCCUCUCACGAGGUUCCAUUGAAAUCCUCAAGAACGACAUGGUGGUAGCAAUUCUUGGCAAAAAUGAUAUUUUUGGAGAGAUGGUACAUCUUUAUGCAAAACCUGGGAAGUCAAAUGCAGAUGUGAGAGCUUUAACCUAUUGUGACUUGCAUAAGAUCCAACGAGAAGACUUAUUAGAAGUUUUGGAUAUGUACCCUGAAUUUUCUGACCUGUUCCUCACAAAUCUAGAACUCACCUUCAAUUUGAGACAUGAAAACCCCAAAGCUGAUCUUGCAAUAAGACCACAAACAACCAAUGAAUCCGAUGGUAACAACAGCAAACUCCGAAGAAGGAAAUUGUCUUUUGAAAGUGAAAUUGAUAAAGACUAUGACAAAGAAGAUGAGGAUUCUGUGGGUAAUGCCAGACAUUACCAGGAUGCCAAGAAGCCUUCUGAGAUAAAGAGAAGCAGAUCAUCAUCCUUUGUGUCAUCCAUUGAGGAUGAACAGAAGCCCCUUUUCUCCGGGAUAAUCGGCUACCCAUCUGUACUCGGGAAGGCCACGAUGCUGGAUUUGGAGGAGAUGGUGCAUGCAACGGAAAGGCUCCCCAGUGACAGAAGAAGUUACUCUUGCAAAGACAUCACGGGCAGACAAAUCUGGGAGGAGGAACCCAGCAGGAGCCACCAAGAGUCGUCCAGUCAGUCAGCGUUACCUCAGGUCACUUGGGGCAUCUCCGAAACAGAAAGCGAGAUCAACUAUGGCGAAGUGGAGCAGAGACUAGAUUUGCUUCAAGAUCAGCUCAGCAGGCUGGAAUCGCAAAUGACUGCUGAUGUGCAAGCCAUCCUGCAGCUGCUGCAGAGACAGUCAGCGCUCAUCCCACCUGCCUACAGUGUGGUGACAGCAAGUGCAGAGUACCAGAGGCCGGCUGUCCAGAUGGUGCAGAGUCUCCAUCCUGUGGCAUCCAUUAAGACAGACAGAACCUUCAGUCCUUCACAGUGUCCUGAAUUCCUAGACCUUGAAAAAUCAAAACUGAAAUCCAAAGAAUCCCUCUCGAGUGGAGUGCAUCUUAAUACGGCUUCGGAAGACAACCUGGCAUCCUUUCUGGAGCAGGAGCAUGGCCAGACUCUAGAGUUGCCCCCGCGACGUUGUAAGACCGGCCUCCACCCAGUUAGACACCCAUCCUUGCCUGAUUCUCCCCUAAGCACUGUAGGAAUCUUGGGUCUCCAUAGGCAUGUUUCUGAUCCUGGUCUUCCUGGGAAAUAACCCUUACCUAAAAUGUAAGUGCUUUUAAUGGCUGGGGUUUUUUUCCUUUUUUUUUGGUUUUGUUUUUGGUUCUUUUGUAUUUAAAUCC